AUGCGUAUGAAGUGUUUUUCCCCUAGACUUGCAAAGAAAACACCAUGGACAAGCUCCUUCCGAAUCUUAAGAUACAAAUUUUCUCCUGCGAGAUACAAUAAGUUCGAACCAAGGUUUGAGGGCUUCAUUCUCGCACAGUUACCCCCUCUUCCCAAACCUUCGGAAGGAUUAGCGAACUUAAUGUGGAAAUUUAAUGAGUUGAGCGAUUUUGGCGACAACUAUUCUGGAAGUGUCAAUAAUGCAAUUCGUGAUGAACAGUUUCAAAAGAAUGCAAAAGCUUUUAGAACUUUCUACUCAAAAUCAAUACGGAAUGCCAAAUAUCAGAGGGAAUUAUCGAAAGCUUUGGCAGAAUUAUGGAAAAAUGAACCAAGUAAACCCCAAUGGUCCCUAUAUGCACUGGUGUACAAUCUUAGGGAGAAAAAUAUUCCCUUCAUGCAAUGGUUAUGUGCGAGUUUGAAUAUUGGUGGUGGAAUAUCAGAUAACUAUUCGCAAAAGUUUGUAACAAUCAAAAAUACGAGCUGUUGGUUGUUGAAGAUGUAUAUUUGA